CCGCGCGACGGGCCCCGGACUGCAGAGGAUAGGUUCGUUUUGCGGUGGCCCCCUAGCCCUUAGUAGGUGCCCCUAGCCCCUAGUCGGUGCCCCUUGCCCUUAAACCCGAGGAUGGGCCAUGGAUGUGUUCAAGGUAGACUCACGCUCUCUCACGGCCGGGCUCGUCCGGGACCCGGAAAAACUGAGUCCGCCUCUCGACGUGUCGUUCGACGCCGGAUCAGAGUUCAACCUCAGCUUCUUCGAUUCGAAUCCGGACGACCCACCCCCGACCGCCUUCAGCGACCCCGGAUCGGUCGGAUCGACUUCGGCUUCGCCGCCUCCACCCGCCUCCAUAGCACCACAGGCUGUUGCCGCCCCCACACCUGUUAUCAAGCAAGAGCAACAGUAUGCAGCUGCCGACUCGAACAGUUCCACGCCAACCAAGUCGUUUGUGGCCUGCAAGGUCUGCGGCGACAAGGCGUCCGGAUAUCACUACGGUGUCACCUCCUGCGAAGGCUGUAAGGGCUUCUUCAGGAGGAGCAUUCAGAAGCAGAUAGAAUACCGAUGCCUGCGGGAUGGAAAGUGCCUCGUCAUCAGAUUGAACCGCAACCGAUGUCAGUAUUGCCGGUUCAAGAAAUGUCUCGCCGUCGGCAUGUCAAGGGACUCUGUACGGUACGGACGCGUGCCGAAACGGUCCCGUGAACGACCCGGAGGCGUGGAGGAGACGAGCAGCAACAGCCAGGGAGCGACGCGAGUCUCAACCACCAGUAGCAGCCAACCGUCACCCGGAGGAGGGGAGGUGCCUCCCUCCCCGCUCGCCCCCACCACCACCACCACAGUGGUCGUCACCAGUGGAGGAGGCGCGGCGAUGGGCGUGGCCAGGGUUGUCGCCAGUGGAGGGGGCGUGGCCAGCGUGGUGGUGGGGGGCGAGUGGGAGCCCUCAUUGGCCGCCUAUGAUGUAAUUCUCAGCGUGGCGCAAGCACAUCACGCAAACUGCGAGUACACCGAGGAGCAGACCAGGAGUCUCAUACGGAGGCCUCUGUCGUCGCCGCCGUCGGAGCAGUGUUCAUCGCCGGAGGUGGCCUCGUCGACGCUGGAGAGUGCAGAGGAGGAACGCAUUUGGCUGUGGCAGCAGUUGGCUCUCCAUGUAACACCCACUGUGCAGAGGAUAGUCGAGUUCGCCAAACGUGUGCCAGGUUUCUGCGAGCUGAGCCAAGACGAUCAGCUGAUCCUUAUCAAGGUGGGCUUCUUCGAGCUGUGGUUGGUACACGUGGCUAGGCUCACCACCGACUCUGACCUCACCUUCGCCGACGGCACCUACGUCACUCGCCAACAGCUAGAACUCGUCUACGAUGCUGAAUUUGUGUCUGUGCUGUGGCACUUUGUGGGCUGGCUGAACGGACUGGCGCUGGGUGACACCGAACUGGGUCUGUUCUCGGCCAUAGUGCUGCUCUCGCCCGACCGCGCAGGCGUCACCGACAUCAAGGCCAUCCAACACCAUCAGGACAGGCUCAUCGACGCGCUCAAGCUACAGGUGAGCAGAAGCCAGCAACCACUGCAGUCACCGGGGGCCGGCGACAACAGCAGCAGCAGCAGCCCAGGGGCGGUGGCAGACUCGGGGGCAGUGGUGGCCAGCAUGCUUGCCAAGCUGCCCUCACUGCGCAGUUUAGGCGCCAAGCACAGUGUGCACCUGGACUGGUUCCGCCUCAACUGGAACAAACUGAGGUUGCCGCCUCUCUUCGCUGAGAUCUUCGACAUACCAAAGUGUGAGGAGGAUCUACAGUGAAAUACAAGGUACUUAGGGUUGAACGCUUCUACAACCAGACAACUACUCAGCGCGACUGACUGGGAAAUGAAUGCAAGAGAGAGAGAAAAGAAAGGUAGAUCGUUUUAGAGUGAAAGCGAGAAUGAUCGUAUGGAAGGAAAUGUAAACGCUCACUACAAACUAAAAUAAAAGCAAACAUAUCAUUUUAAAGCAAGGCGUCCGACUCGAUCGAUAUAUUAAGCCUACUGCGUAUUAUAUUGUAAACUUCGACUUGUUUUAAUAAAUAUAUUAAGAAAUAAUAUAUACAUACUCGAAAAAUUAAAAAUAGUAACUAACAAACGUUGUAAAUACUGUCAUUAACUUAAUGGUGAUGACUAUAAUUAAAAUAAAAACUCGAUGCUAGCUAAGAAUGUGAGAAAUUUUAAGGAGGUAGAUAACUAUUGUUUAGUUAAUUUGUUGUUGAUGCUUUAUUAGUUUAUUAUAUACUAUCAAUCAUUUUCACAUUGUUCAUUAAUCAACACUGCAUAGUUGAAUGAGAAAUGGAAGGUUAGGUUGGUUUUAGUUCUCCUCAUCAUCAUCAAAUUGCAAGAUAAGCCAAGAUGGAACACUGAACCAGUUUACAAGUAUCUCUUGUAGAUGGCUGUAAUCAAUAAAGACGACACCACAUUAGGCGUUUUUUCUUAUAGAACAAAAAGCUCUCUGAUUGGCUGGACAGGAAUCUCUCUCGAGACGUUAGCCAAUCGGAGAGCUUCCUGUCCUGUCGUGCCGACUGAAAAAACGCCUAAUGUUGUCUCGCCCCAAAGGUCAGACCAUAUUAAGAGUUUUUUCAGACGUGUUUAGAUUCGGCUAGGAAGCUCUCCGAUUGGCUGAUUUGGUUGUCGUCUCAAAAAACGCUUCAUGUGGUCUGGCCCUAAAUAUGAUGAAUGAAGACGAUAACAAACCUAACCUAACAUGUGUAGCAAAAGCUGUAGAUCUUUAAAGCAUAUUAUAUAUUAUGCUGUGAUAAAACAUUCUGCUCUCUUCAUAUCAAGAGCUUGGAGUAAUUUUACUUUGAUGUAUUAUAAUGGAGUAGAAACUGAUAUACAAAUUUAACUGUUUCCAAUAUUCAUCAUAGUUAACCGUUAUGGUUAUUAUCAUGAUACGUAAGGGUAUGCAUAACGGUAUUAUUUCCAUUGUUACGAAAUUAACAAUUACGAUAUUAUAUGAAAUUCCAUCACAGAAUGUGUUCAAGACUAAAAAUUAAAAUCUUGUAGUAGUUGUAAAAAUGUUAAGCGAAGAGUUGAGGUUAGUUGUAGUUUGUACCGCCAGGUGCGCUCGAGCCGAGUCGCUUGUCGCACUGCUCACGAGAUUGGUUGUGAAGAGACGGUCGCCAUUUUCAAAGAUGGCCGCUCAAAGCUGGUCAAAAUAAGAAAUUAUCUUCUAGGUUCUUGUAGUCUAAUCUUCUAGGCUAGGUUUUGUAAACCCUUGUAGGAUACUACUUAUAUUUUGUUAUCAAUGUGUGUGGACUGAUAUUCUUUAAUUGAGAAAAAAACUGAUGUUUUGAAAUUCAUGUUCAUUCCAUGAGCACUUGAUUAUAACUAUGUUGAAGUUUAAGGCUAGGUUGCAAAAAAGCCGGUUACAUUUUAACCGUGAUUAAUUCCACGAGAACCAAUCAGAGAAGCCUUCUUAUCAAAAAUACCUUCUCUAAUUGUUCUUGUGAAAUUAAUCAGGGUUAAAAUUUAACGGGCUUUUGUGCAACCGGGCCUGAGAGUUUGAAGAACAAAUCAUGGUUCCAAAAUAAAUGCAAUGAAACCCUUCAAUAGCUUUAUAUCUUGAUACCUUUGGAUUUACACCUUAGUUUUGGUAUGAACCGAAUUUAAUUUGGUCCAGUAUAACGUUUGCAAUAACUUUCAUUACUAUCAAGUGACAAAAUUCAUUUGAUAUACAGCGUGGCCGAAAAGUCGCUUCACAUAAUAAAAAUUAGGUUUCAUUACAUCAUUGUAUCACCCACUCUGUGAACUUAUAAUAAUAGCUUUUGGGAUAAUUAUUUCAAAAGUAGUAGGAUAUUUCAAGUUUUUGUAAUAUUGAUAUUUAACCAUAAAAAAUAAAUUGGAAUUAGAGUAAAUCAGUCCACAUCGCCCUCUAUUACAUUCUAUCGACUGUUCUGUCUCAAUAAGCAAUCUUUUUAUCUACUUAAAUAGAAUUCUAUCAUUGUUAAUUGAUUUCAUUGUGAUUAUAUUAUUGUUGUUAUAAUGAUUAUUGUAUAGUGUAUGUACAAUCAUGAACAUUCCAUUUUGAAUCAGCUGUUAUAUCAAAGUUCAAAUGUUUAUAGUGCUUUCAAAGUUAAGUGAAUGUUUAGAAAUUAAUGUUAGCCUACAUUUUCUUGAGUUGAGGAUGGGGUUUGUUUGAGGAAGGAUGUUCUUGUUCGAAAGUCUAAUUUCGUAGAAUACUGGUGAGAAAGGUAACUGUUUCAAAUAUAUAUAUUGCUGUUUAAAAGUCAAAUUACGUAAAAUUCUACUGAGAAAUAAUAUUGCAGAACCCCAGAAAACUGGUUCUAAUAUUGUACAGUAUUGUAUCUAAAAAAUGAGAUAUAAUUAACAAGAAUGACAAUCAAGUAAAUUGCUGUCAGAUUUAAAUACAAUAAUAUUAUUUAUACAUAUUAGAUCUAAAGUUAUUAGCUUUUCAAAAUUAUUGAUUACAGAAUUAAGUCAAUGAAAUUGAUGAUGAUUAAGGUUUACAUUACUUUUCUAAACACUAACUCCCUUUAUCUUUAUAUUAAAAGUGAUUUUUUAAAAUUACUGUAUGAAUAAAUUUGACUUAUUCGACAAGAAUAUACUUCCAAAAAUGAACUCUAAAUAGUUAACUUCACACAAUCUUAGACAAGGUACUUAAAAAUCAAACUCUACUUAGUUUUUUAUCCAACUUAUUGGACUUAUGAACUUAUUGUGAUUGAACAUACUAAACUAAGUAAGUACUUAGCACUUACUUAGAAGAUCGUACUUACUAAAAUAAGUAGUAAAUUAAAAAAAACAGGGAUGCUAAGAAUUUGAUACUUUCUUGUCUAAUUUAUUGGUUUAGUCAUAUUUUGUAAUUAUAAUAGUGUAAAUUAAUUUAGUUUAUUGGAAUUCUAUUAUUUAUAUUGUAAAUUUCACUUAUGUUGAUGCGAAUGCAUAGUGUAUACAUCAGCCUAUAUAAAUAGUUGUUUAGAUUUUUAUAACGUAUUCUUCAUAAUUAUGUUUCACAUUGUUAUUGUUUAUUCAUUGUUAAGUGAUAGUAUUAUGAUCAAUUUAGGAGAAUUUCAUGUGUAUAGAAUUCUUAUGGUGUAGCCUCCGAAGCGAAAUAAGUUAUUGUUUUAAAUAAUUAUUGUUUAUGCGAAGAAAUGUUAGGUAAAUGGUAUCCCUAAUUCUCUAUCCUACUAAUAGCGGUUACAGGCUUUAUUUUACUUAUAAAUGGUGGAGGAACCGAUCUUUUCAAGAUGUAAUAUUUAAUUAAUGAAUAGUAUUAAAUCAGUUGUGGUUCUUGAAUCAAGAAUUCGAACUGAUUAAGAUAAUAGAUUCAGUAAUUUUCCGACAUAGUUCAUUAUAAUCACGGAAUGAAUAUAAUCAAGUUCAUUGAAUGUUGAAACAACUGAAUCAGAGCAGUGUGUGAGUGUAGGUGCGUGUGUGAGUGUGUUUGUAUGAACAAUGUCAGCUUUAAACUAAAUAAUCUCUAGAAAUGCAUUCAAAGUACAGUACAACAUUUAGUUUAAACGCUCAGACAAGUGGAGCUCUACAAGUAUUAUAAAAUUAGCUUCUAUAAAACUAUACUAGAACUCUAGGAAGAUCUUAUUGGGUCUCGAAAAUAUAGCUGACUUCUAAACCAUUACCUUUUGCUUUUGAAAUGUAGUUGGACUACUUAGACUCUAUAAAACGUGCCAAAUGCACAGUAAAAUAAUAUUUUUUAUAAUAAAACUCAUAAACUUUGCCUACUCUACCAAGACUAUGCAGUUGGAAUAUCUAGCUUUUCCGUUAACUAAAAUAAUCAAAUUAUGAAAAAUUAGAGAAAUUUGAAACUAUCGUUUAUUUCUUUCAAAAAUAUCCUCUAGAAGAAAAGUUAUUUGCAAUUUAUCUUGAUGAAUUUGGAAAAAUGUGAAUUUACAGAACAGCCAACAUUUACAUCUUAUAUUGUGAUAAAUUACUUGAAGAUUCUGAUUAAUAGUGACUUAUGAUAGUUACUGUCAUUUAUCUAAAGUAUUACUCUAAUUCAUUCCAAUAGUAUUCAAAAUUCUAUUCCGAAAUAAUUUUACUUGAAAAUAUUCGCUGAAUGACAAGUCCGAUGUUCUUUCUUAAUAAUUUAUAAAUAUUAUAUCAUUGAAAACUAUAUGAUUGAAAAAUUGUGUUGUACUGAAAUCUUUUCAUCAUUUAGAUGUACAUGCAUAGGUAAAACAAAUCAUUAAAUUCUAAAAAUUUGAAACUUAUUUUUGAGGUUGAGAAAGAAUUCUCUACUUGAAAAUGUGAUGAAGACAUUAGAUUUGAGUGGCUUUAAGUAGGUUUGGCAGUGAAAAUGGAAACUAGUUAUAACAAUAAAUUACUACAUAAGGGGAUAUGGAACAAGAAAGCAAUACGUGAAAAUUAAAUACUCUGUUAAAAUAAUUAAUAUGGCGGGUAUAUUGAAGCAUCAAUUAUAAAGACAAUCUAUUCAGAGCUGUACUAUUAUCACUAAUAGUGAAUAAUUCAAGCAAUAUCAAAAUAAAUAAAAGACAGGCCUAUGUAAUGUUUUUGUUAAUUUGUUGUGUGAUUAGUUUAUGAAUACUAUAAGACUAUCAACUCAUUUUAGAAUAUUGUUAUUCCAUGAUUAAUUAUCCCAUCAAGCAAUGAAAAAGUUUCAUAAUUAUUUUGGAUUUUCAGUGAUAAGUUCAAAAUUCGAUUUUGAAUUGAUACUACUAAAGCAAUACUAGAAUUCACAGCAAUAUAUAAUUUAAAUUCAAGAACGAAAGUAUGAGAGUAAAAUACUAAAUAUUCAAUUAAUAAACUGUUUUUAAUUGUAAAAUAUGAUAAGGAAAUUUCAAAUCAAUGAAGAAUGGUUGAUUUUCAUUUAAUUUGUUAUAGGGUCAUUGACUUACUUUAGCAAAUAAUAAUUCUUAGCUUAAUAUCUGAGUGAGAAUAUUAUUAUAAUUUGGAAUCAGCUAAAUUUUGUAAAUCCGUCCAAAUCAGUAAAUUGCGACUUGCAUUUUUUGAUCUCAUAUCAUUU